UGAUAUGCCGAACGAAUUGACGUCCUUAUCUGGUACCAUCCCGCCUUGGCACUUGCAGAAAUGUGAUCUGAUUCGACUAACAAAUGAGAGAAAAGCAAACUUAUCUGAUAUUGAAGUGCAAUGUCAGUUUAAUGACCUCAGAGAGAGAUAUGCAACGUUCUCUUUCUGCUUUACUGAUGGAUCAAAGAACCAUGAUGGUGUUGGAUGUGCGUAUGUACUUGGAAACCGACGUGAAAGGUUUAAGCUGCCAAAUAACUGCUCUGUAUUUACGGCGGAAGCAUUCGCUAUACUACGGGCACUGUUAUUUGUGGAGGAAAGUGGUAUCAUGAGAUGUGUCAUUUGCACGGACUCCCUGUCCGUGCUGACUGCUCUUCGUGGGCCGGUCACUUCCCAUCCUACUAUCAUGAAGAUUUUAGAGACCUGUCAUCGAUUGAUUACUUUGUCUGAUCGCGAACUUGUUAUUUUGUGGAUCCCUGGACACUGCAGCAUCACUGGGAACGAGCUAGCUGACCGUCAGGCCAGGGAGGCUAUCUCGCUGGAUCAAAUAGUAGUCCUUGAAAUGGGUCCCAAAGAGCACUAUCCCGAUAUUGGGUUGUCUGUCCGUCGCCUGUUCAAUCAGUGCUGGCAGCAGUAUAACUCAAACACCAACUUGAAGUUGAUAAAGGAUGAAGUUGGAUCAUGGUCAUCUUGUAAACGCGCCAGUCGCAGGGAGGAAAUCUUGUUAUGUCGCAUGCGAAUAGGACAUACACGAUUCACUCACGGACAUAUAAUAGAUAGAGACCCCAGGCCUGAAUGUAACCGAUGUUUGUGUCCCCAGUCAGUUAAACAUAUACUUGUGGAGUGCCCAGUGUAUGCUACUCACCGACAAUCGAUUGUUCAGAAGUGCCUUCAAUUGGAUGUACCACUUACCCUGAAAACUCUUCUGGGUGAUCAACACCCGGACAUCACUGACGAGGUUUUCAGGUUCCUACGUGCUACCAAUCUCUUCAAAAAGCUGUGACUGCGAUGAUCUGCGAUGAACUAGCUGUGAUUAUUUGUGUUUGAAGCUAUCAUGUGCAAUUAUUGGAUUAUGUUAGUCUACCUGCCGAUUGGCGAACCCCGUCGCGACUGAUGCGGAGGGCAUGGCCGUCGAUCUGGCACAUUGAUGCGAUCUCCUGCUUUUGUAAUUUGUGUUGAUUGUUUACUUUAUCGUCUCUCUGGUGUUUUGUGUUAUGUGCUGCGACUGCUCUGUGGACGUCCUCAUGUGUGUAACAGUCGUGCAUUGUGUGGAAAUGAUUGGAUGAAUGGAGAUUGAAUGUUGAAUGAGAAGGAUGCGGGAGUGGAGAUGCAUCGGUGUGAGAGAUGGAUGCAGUUAGUGGAUGAAUGAAGAGCAGCCUGUACUGGUUUGCUACUGUAGUUUCUUUUUCUAUAUUUCUCUUGGAUGUAUACCUUCGUUAAUCUUUUUUGUACCAUCCGGUCCCUUCUUUUGUAGAAGUAGUCGCAUAGUUCCGAAGUUGAGGCUCGUUAUGAUCGGUAUGAUCAUGAGACAUGAACCCUCCAACGCAAGUUGAUAACUGAGUGAGGUACCAAGAGCAGACUCGUGCCUGAAGAUCCUUUUGAACUGAAUGGCUCGCUGGACAGAUGCGAGGUCAAGAGCGUUAUGAUUGAAUGACUCAUAACCAGAAACCAUCCUUUUUGUUUCUAUUUUUAAGUUUUUAAUCAGUUAUAUGUUAGAAACUAACCGUUACUAAUAUACUUCACCGGACAUUUCCUGCCUGGACAUAUCCGAAGCCCGCGCAUACAUCCCCAUGCCAUCCCAUGCUAAACCUAUCAUUUUCCUUCAUCUGCUUAGUUUCCCUCUGCACCAUCUGGCUGCAACCGAUUGCAACAUCUACUCGAUCGAGACAAGAAUGGCGCACUGAUGACAACAACUACGGACGCUUGAGCCCA